AUGGGUCUGUUCGACAAGCUCAAACACAAGAAGCACGAACAGGCCGAGGUCCCAUCCACCUCGGACGCAUCUCCUGCCCCCGAUGCUCCUGCUUUGGCUACUCCUGAUGCUGCUCCGACCAUCGCGGCUGACAAGGACACUCCUCGCUUCGACUCGUCCAAGGUCACUGUCGUCUUUGUGCUCGGUGGUCCCGGUGCUGGCAAGGGGACGCAGUGCGCUCGCCUCGUGCAGGACUACGGCUUUGUGCACCUCAGCGCUGGUGAUCUGCUGCGUGCCGAACAGCAACGUCCCGGCUCGGAGUACGGUGCGAUGAUCGCCGACUACAUCAAAGAAGGCAAGAUUGUGCCUAUGGAGGUGACGGUGGCUCUACUCUCCAACGCCAUCGCCGAGGCUCUGUCCAAGCAGGGUGCUACCGACGCUGGCCACUCGAUCCCCGAGGAGCACAAGGACAAGUGGACCGAUGGCAAGGGACGAUUCCUGGUGGAUGGCUUCCCGCGCAAGAUGGACCAGGCGAUCAAGUUUGACGAGUCGGUGUGCGAGUCCAAGUUUGUGCUCUUCUUGCAGUGCAGCGAGCAGGUGAUGCUUGACCGACUCCUCGAGCGCGGAAAGACCAGUGGACGGGCCGACGACAACAUCGAGUCGAUCAAGAAGCGUUUCCAGACGUUCGUCGAGACUUCAAUGCCCGUGGUUGAUUUCUACCGAAAGCAGGACCGCGUGGUCGAGGUCGACUCGAUCAAGCCUGUCGACCAAGUGUACGCCGAGAUCAAGAAAGCGAUGGACCGCACCUUUGCCAAGCUUGGACAGUAG